AUGAGCACCUGCGUGGCUGCCUGCCUGAAGGACCCGCUGUGGCAGGAGAUCACCGCACAACGGAUAGCUUGGAGGCAGCUCAUCUGCCCGUUUUGCUUGGAGAUGUUCACCAAACCCGUGGUCAUCCUGCCUUGCCAACACAACCUCUGCCGGGAACGUGCUAGUGACAUCUUUCAAGUGGGGAGGUUUCACUGCCUGUCCUGCUGCCUGGACAGCUCAGUCUACAGCCUCCAGAGGAACCUCAUGGUCGAGAACAUCAUUGGCAUCUCCAAGCAGGACUGCAGCUCCAGGCCUCUGUUGAAGGCUGAACCUCCCAGCUGUGAGGAGCGCAAGGAAGAGACACUCAGCAUCUACUGUGUGACUGGCAAGGCGCCCACCUGCUCCCUCUGCGGGGGCUUCGGGAGCACGAGAUGGCUCCCCGGAUGGACAUCCACAUGCAGCAGAAGGCUGAGCCGACAGACGGGAUCGGAGCCUUUGUUGCUGCCAAUGGUUGGAUCCAGGCCUUUGUCAGUCAUCUCCAUGCUACCCACAAGAACACUGAGGCUGAACGGCGACUGACCGAGCCACCUUCCGAGCGGGUGGACAUGACGCAGCAGUCGGAGCAGCCCCCGUGGCUGUCCUCGUGCAGGGAACGCGCCAGGAGCCGAGGUGCCCUGCUCGGGUUUGCCGCUGCAAGAUAAACCUUGGGAGCUUCGCUUUCUGGGCUGAAAAGCUGGCUGGCAGCAGCAGUGUGGCAGGACCCAGGCCGUGUGGGGGACAGGCGCCUCCAAGCGCAGAGCCACCUUUGCAGCAUGAAUGGACCCGUCCGCCACGUUCAACCCCUUUAAACCUGACGGAGCUGCGGGGACUUUUGAAA